CCUAACAUCGCGAGAAGAGACAGGAGUUUCUCUGUUCGAGUUUCUAAACUUUGGACUCCUCAUCCCACGGUUGUUUACAGUCCUUACAUCGCGGUUAAUCUUCAUGGUAACGCGGUUUAGAGGCGUUUGUCCCGGUUUAGAGGUGAAAUGAAAGCUGUGAUUCUCGCCGCCGGGUACGGUACCAGGUUGCAGAGGGAUGUGGAGGCAGACUGCAGCGGGAAGGUCGCUCACCUGGCAGGUAGAGCCAAGCCGCUGCUGCAGGUGGGACGAUGCGCCUUGAUAUCCCACUGGGUCCACGCCCUGACCUCCUCUGGCUGCGUGGACUGCAUUUAUGUUAUAACCAACGCUCUCUACCACGCUGCAUUCACAGAAUGGGCUGCACAGUUCACAAAUGUAAAGAUUCUCAGUGAUCAGACACGAAGCAACGAUGAACGUCUUGGUGCAGUGGCGUGCCUGCAGCUUACAGUAAAACACUUCAACAUAGAAGACCAUGUUGUAGUUAUUGGGGGUGACACACUCUUCAAAGAAGAUUUCAGCCUCGGUGAAGUUCAGCAGAAGUUUGCUGACGUGCGAGUAAAGAGUGAGGACGGAUGUCUGCUUCUCUCGUACCAGUGCAAAGACGAAGAAACACGUAAAUAUGGAAUACUGGAAGUAGACGGUGAUCUUCGUGUCCUCUGCAUGAAGGAGAAACCUCUUCCUUCUGAGACGAAGUCAAGGAGGGCGUGCCCGUGUUUCUAUGUAUUUUCAAAGAACACCCUCCCCCUGCUGGAUAUGUUCCUUGAGCAAAAGAAGAACGCUCCCAUUGAAGAGAAAGACGCCCCAGGAAACUUUGUGUCUUGGCUCAUUCCAAGGAAACCCGUCUAUGUUCAUGAGAUUUCUGGACGUUUUGAUGUUGGAAAUUUAUCUUCCUACAUUGAAUGUGACCUUUACUUCAGAGAGAAACUUCAAGAUGUAACGUCUUACAUGGUGUAAGGAGGGAAAGGGAGUGAACACAAAUGUUUUAUUUAUUAGGCCAUGUCCAAAAAAAAAAUUACAGAAGACAAUCAAAAUAUCAGAUCUUGGGUAGAAUUAAAAAAGUGUCUUUUAAAUCUCAGCUGUGUGUAGUUUUAUAUGUAACAUUCUGUAUUAAAAUGAUUUUGAUAAUCUA